CUGUGGCUCUUGCCUUGGCUGCGUGGUUGCAUCCCGGAACAUGGCGGCGGCGGCGGCGGCGAGGGGGUGGUGGCGGGGGCUCGUGGGGUCCGUGGCGCUGGCCAGGAGGGCCGGGCGACCCUCGGUGCUGUUGCUGCCGGUGAGGAGGGAAAGCGCCGCGGCUGACACGCGCCCCACUGUCAGACCUCGGGAUGAUGUGGCCCACAAGCAGCUCUCAGCUUUUGGAGAGUAUGUGGCUGAAAUCCUGCCCAAGUAUGUCCAACAAGUUCAGGUGUCUUGCUUCAAUGAGUUAGAGAUCUGUAUCCAUCCUGAUGGAGUCAUCCCAGUGCUGACUUUCCUUAGGGAUCACACCAAUGCACAAUUCAAAUCCUUGGCUGACUUGACAGCAGUGGACAUCCCUACUCGGCAGAAUCGUUUUGAGGUCAGUAAGGAAAUUUGAGAAGAUUUGGUGGGUAAAGAAAAGGCUUGUGUGUCUUAGGGUGAUAGCUACCAAUGGGAACCAUAGGCCUCCUUAGUUUUACUUCAGGUCAAACAAUACAACAGUACAAACAAUACAACACAGCAGUUAAACUAGGGCCUUAAAUCAAGCAAACCUCAAGUUUGAAUCCUAGCUCUGCCACUAAUAGGCUACGUGACUUCAGACAUUUUGUUUAAUCUUUUUUUUUU